AUGAACAGUGAGCCUUCAUCAGAAUGGCCACAGCCUGACCUCAACGACAAGCCUAAAAAACCUUUAGUUUACGCAAUCGACGACCUCCUCUGUGUCAGUGGACAUACCUUAACUUAUUCUACCAGCCAUUGUGAAUUUGUGUCAUGCUGGUUUGCCUCCAAGCACUCUGAUAGACCUUACCCUGGUUCAGUCGCCGUAGACUGUGAGGGUCUGUACUUAACUGACCAAAAUCACCCCCGAUAUGCGAUUCUUUUUACCUGGUCGCGUGUUCUUCGGUGGGUAGAACACACCGUAGGCCAUAGGUCAUUUUUCCGAGUCUACAUAACUGGUCUUAUCCAUCCGCGAACUCCAACUGACGUGGACUUCGUAGCUGCCACCCAUCGAGGACAUUCACUUGACAUGGACGGUUUUGCGUACGAUGCAAGCCUUGGAGUGUGUUGUUUGAUGAUUUUGGUUGAGGAUCAAGCAGGGUUCAACCGUUUUUCUGUCGCUUUCCAAAGACACGCUUGGUGCUGCCAUAACAAACCAACUCGGCAACGCUAUUUGCUUCUCUUGAACAAAGUCAGUGGUCAAGGCAAGUCAGUGGAAAUCGUCAGAACCAUUGCUGGGCCCCUGUUGACACUCUCUGGCAUUUCAUUCGACGUAGUUGAAACAGAAUACAGUGGUCAUGCCAACACGUACAUCAGAGAAAUUCCACUGCGAGAGCUUCAGAAAUACCAAGCGAUUAUCGUUGUUUCUGGUGACGGACUGAUUCAUGAAAUUGCUAACGCCUUGUACAGUCGUGAGGACCUCAACUCGAUCCCACCGAUCGGCGUCAUUCCAGCAGGCAGUGGAAACGCCCUGGCUGCCACAAUCUGCUACAGAUCCGGCUUAUCAUCGGCUCGGGAUUUUGUCAAAUCCUCCUCGUUGAUCAUAUCGUUACCUCCACCUCCUGGAGGAAUUCACCAAAGUGGAAAUGUCAACCCACCGAUUCUUCAAAGGAACAUCCAAACUCACUGGUUGAUGUUGGUUGAGACAGACAAGUGGCCUCAGCCAAAGAUGUGUGUCCUCUCCAUCACGUGGGGUAUCGUCGCGGAGGCAGACUUGAGAAGCAACUUCCUACGCAGCCUCGGCAGUAUCCGCUUUGUCCUCAUGUUUGCCUAUUUAAUCAUGCGUAAGUAUUUGCCUGUUGUAGAUUGGGAAUAUUUGUGGCAUGUGCAUGUUUGCUUCCCCUAA